AGCGCGGAGGUCGCGAUGUCGGAGCUCUCCCGCCUGCUGCUCUGGGCUGCUGCCUGCCUGGCCGCGCUCUGUGUGCUGACCGCCGCUGAGCCCAGCACCCUGGCCCCGAAUAUGACGACUUCGCCCACCAACGAGACAGUUACGACGUCGUUGAGGACCCUCGCGCCGUUAACCACUCUAGCACCAGAAAUCUGUGAAAACCACAACAGCUGUGUUUCCUGUAUUAAUGCUAGCAGUGCUAUUGCUAAUAUUACCUGCUUUUGGAUGGAAUGUAAAGAAGCAGGUAAAAGCUACUGCUCACAUAAUUCAACAGUUACUGAUUGCAAGGUGGUGAACAGUACAGAUUUCUGUUCUGUAGCGCCCACUGCCUCUCCGUUGCCAACCAAUUCCACAGCUGGAAACACAACUAUGCCUUCCUUUUCUACAACUGCUACUACGCCAGGUUCAACUAAUGCCACUUUAAGUCCAACUUCACAACCUAUGCGGAAGUCUACCUUUGAUGCAGCCAGUUUCAUUGGAGGAAUUGUCCUUGUCUUGGGUGUGCAGGCUGUAAUUUUCUUUCUCUAUAAAUUCUGCAAAUCAAAAGAACGAAACUACCACACUCUGUAAACAGACCCAUUAGAUUAACAAGGACUGGCGUGUAACUCAAUGAAACCAAAAUACUAUCUUUCAAGAUGUCCCACAUGGAAGACGCUGUUCCAGGAUCUUUAAAUUUUCAAAGGAUGCAUAUAGGAUAUUUUGGAGCAUCAUGCUGGAAGAAAAAUCAGUUAAAUCAUUUUGCUCAACAGGAAUAUUUAAAAUAUUCUGCAUGAAGCCUUGUGGCUGUCUUCUUUCAUUUUGUAUGGCUGCUGCUGUGGGAUUAUGUUCUUUUUUCUUGACAUGCCCAAUGUAACUCUGUAAGGGAUGGAAAACAUUGUCCUGCGCAGACAACCUCAUGACUUUUGGCAGUUAAAUUUAGUCAUUUUAAACCCUGAAAGCUGCAUUAUUUUCAUCCUAACUCAGGAUGUAGUUCAGUGGCCAGAAUUGAGAAGAAUGUGCCAAAUGAGCAUGAAUCAGGUGGAUUUUUGGCUAUCAUUUAAAAAAUGGAGUAAAUUUAUAGUUUAAUAUUCAUAUAGUAAACUAUCCUUAGAGUAAAAUUUUGUGCUUGAUAACAGUUAUUUUUUCUACAUUAGAAAUAAGACACCACACAGGGAAUUACAUUCCAGAUUUAAAGAAAUAAAUGGAAAGGAUACAAAGUAUAGCAGGUUAUUGUUAAUACUUGUAAAGCACCUUAUAUCAUUGAGAAAAAGAGCAGUGCCUUAAAAGACAGACUGAAGGGUAGAAUGUAACUUAAAAUGUUUGUGAUUUGUUGUUCCCAUCAAGGAAGGUAAAAGGUUGAUCUGAAGGUGUAACUUCAUGUGAGCAGUAGUAAACCUGCUUUUAGAUACCAUACUGUUAAUAUUUAAUUGAAAACUUACCUACUUUACUUCAGACCUGAGUAAGCUAAAGGAUAUUACACAAAGCUGAAAGUCUUCAUAUGUUGAACCUCCCAAAAUACUGGCUGUUAAAAAUAUAAUAGAGACUAAAAUUGAUAUAAUUAUAUUUUUCUUUGUACUUCAAAAAAGUAUUUUAACACUUGUAUCUCAAAAGAAUUUUCACCAAGCUAUCUUGAAAAGUAACUUCUUUCAUGAGGCAAGAAGGAAAUAAUCAGUUAUUUUAGAGUCAUUUACUAACUCUUUAAAUGAGACAAUCAUUUAAGUUGUGUUUUGUUUUUUCAUUUUAAGUUUUGAGACGGCAAAUGUGACCAGUGUAAUUUCAGAAAAUCUAAGGAUUUUUGGUACUGUAGAUUUUUAAUAAUGAUUGCCCUGGAUAAACAGAUUGUACUUUUUUCUUUCUUCUCUGCCAAGCUUUCUUCUUCCUAGUUUCAAUUCCCUUAGUAUAGUAAGCAUGCAUACUUUUAUUUCUUUAGUUUUCUUAGGAAGCACUAGGUGUUUUUUAUUUUAGAGGGAUACUUCUCCCUCCUGCCUUUGACACAUUGGAUUAGUUCAGAGGCUUAAAUUGGUUUAAAAUGAGCUUUUGCUUUUCUAGGUCAUUAAAAUUGUUUUGUUUUCAUUUCUUUAGCCUAGAGUGGCUAAGUUUAGCUCUCAGUUUUCAAUAUUUUAUGGUAGGAAAAGACAAGUUGCUUAGGUCCAUUACAUAAGCCAAAAUUCCUUACAUUUAGAUAAUUAAAGGUUCUUUAAAUGAAGAUUUGCUUGUUUCUUAGUUACUUGCUGGUACAGCUAAAGUUUGUUUUACUUGCACAUUUGUAUGUACACCUAAUGUUUUCAAGUGCCUUAAUUGUUUAAAAUCUCUGACUUCAAAGGUUUUUGGGAAAAGGUAGGUUUACCUCACAUUUUUGUGUUUUCAUUAGUAGUAGUAGUCUAGGUACCUCACAGAAACUUUUAUUACGGUGCCAUGGCUGUUAGUUUUUAGUGAGUGCUAUAAGAUGCAAGAUUUAUUUGAAAGUGUGCAGAAUUUCCAUUCUUCCCAGAGUGGCAAAAAUUGGCUACAGUGGUGUGAAUGCCUUGUCACAUGUUAAUGUCAACACGUACGGUAAUUUUUGUGAAAAUAAUUUUUGUGAAAAUGUAGCAGAUGAAGCCUCUCAUCUUCUGUAAUUUUGAGGACUGCUCUAACAACAAAAUCAUAUAAUAUGAAACUAGAUUUUGCAAGAAGAGCUCUUACAACAGAACUCACAGCCUUUUUCCCUCCUUUCUUUAGCAAUUUAGUAUCUGGAGCCAUUGAUAAUUUUUGGGUUUUUUUAAUCCAGAAGGUAUAUAGAAACCUUUUCAGAUUUUUCAUCUGACUAUUUCAUGCAGAUGUAGUUCUAUCAAAAUACCUUAUUUUAUCUUAAGAUAUUUGUUGUACAGGCAGACACUGCUAUAUUUAGAAAUUUCUAUUUUAGUUCAUGAAAAACUGCAAAACCAAUCUGUAUCAUGUACCAUACUGAUUUAAAAUAAAUCUACAUGUUUAUUGAAUUUAUGUUCUUUUUUAUUAACUGAAGUGUGUAUUUGCUUUUUGGUUAUGACAAUUAAUGCUAGUGAAUUUACCUUAUCUCUCAGAAUGGGUUGUGUGCUCAGUUUUUAUUGCUCCCUAAGACCAGCAGAUAGUAACUAAAGUAUGUGUUCAUUCGUGGAGAACAGAGCCUUAGAAAUAAUAAUUGGAGGGAUGACUUUUUAUGCCUAUGGGAGUGACAUACAAAUUGAUAUUCCACAAAUCAAUAGAAAUCAUCCACUUAAGCUCUACCAAGUAACAAAUUGGGCUUCUGUAUAGAGUACUUUGUAUAAAUAUCUAGUAUCAAGCCGCAUGGCUAGUAUGUGAAAUUUGGUACUUUUGGUCCAUGUUUUGGCCAAGAUUGUAUUCUAUAUUAAACCCCAGAAUUUGAACUGAGAGAAUACUCCCCUAUAUACAUUAAAACUUAUCAAUAAUUUUGCUGUAGAAAGUAUGAACCUUUGGUUUCAUAUUAGCCUUAUAUACGGUCAAGUUUGGUAAAUAUAAAACUCUGCCAAGCUUGAAGAUACCCUGAAAUGUUGCUAGAGACAAAUUAUUAUUUUGAUAAGAAUGGGGUUCUAAAUAGUUAUUUUAGAUAAUAAAAAGUCCUGUGUACUUGA